AUGGCGAUGGCGGAGAAGUUCGACUCCUUGGAGGAGCACCUGGAGAAGUUCGUGGAGAACAUUCGGCAGCUCGGCAUUAUCGUCAGCGAUUUCCAGCCCAGCAGCCAGGCUGGUCUCAACCAGAAAUUGAAUUUCAUGGUGACAGGCUUGCAGGAUAUCGACAAAUGCCGGCAGCAGCUCCACGAUAUCAGCGUGCCCUUGGAAGUUUUUGAAUACAUAGAUCAAGGUCGCAAUCCUCAGCUUUACACUAAAGAGUGUCUAGAGCGAGCUUUGGCUAAAAAUGAGCAAGUAAAAGGAAAAAUUGACACAAUGAAGAAAUUUAAAAGUCUGUUAAUUCAAGAACUGACAAAGGUGUUCCCAGAAGACAUGGCAAAGUACAAAGCUAUUCGAGGAGAAGAUCCUCCUUCUUAAGUUGGCCUUUGAUAGCUCUAAAAAUGUCAAUUCCAUAAACUGACAAUGCUCUAUAAAAACAUUGAUUGGAGGGAGGGGAAAUCCAAGCUGUCAUAACAACUGUACUAAAAAAGGCAGUGAUGGACUGUACUGGAGCUUGAUCAUUGCUGAUGUUCUGGUCUGAAGCUUCUGAAUCCUUCUGAAGACUUUUGCUCAAAGAUUGCAGUUGAAACUUCCUAUGGUAAUCUACUCUUCUUUCCUGGAAGGUUUUGGAGGUAUAAUUACUUACAGAUCAUUGAUAUGGAGGAUUUCCCAUAAAGUACAUUUCCAGAGCAGAAAAUCAUGGGUUUUGCUGUCUGAAAAGUGUGUUCCAGGAUUGUGGGCUCAUCUGUUUUUAAGAGAAAUGUAUUUAUUAUACUUGAUUGUUUUUCAUUU